GUGGGUAUGUAAGGUUUCGAGGAAGGCGCGUUGGGGUCAGCUUCGAUACUUUCCUCAUAAUUUGAUUAGGUAAGCGAGGCUGAGUUGCCCCUUCCCUUAUUGGCCGUUCUCAUAUAAUCAGUUCGUCCCAUGAACGUGAGAACCUUCUCUUCCCAUUAUCGGCGACAGUUUUUGAUAUUUCUAGACUGGAAACUAGUUACUAUUUGUUUCUGGGAGCCGAUGGUGAAAUUAUCAUUCUAUUAUUUCCUGUCUGCCUUCAAGCUGGGUUCUUAUUACCCAGCGUCUUUGACACAGGGUUGGAGGUCUGAAGUUAGCUCAAAAACUGAAAUUGAGGCUCGACAUUGAAACCUAGCAUAUUAUUUCAGAGGUCUAUCGCCUGAUUCACACCAUGAAAAAAGUAUCCGGCGAUAUAUCGCCUGGGACCAGGAAAAUGAACGAAGCUCCAGCAACAAGAGGCCCGCCGUCUCCUCCAAGGCGCCUUAAUCGGAGCAAAUCUGUAUUCUCACUUGCGCAAGAUUUCUUCAAGAUGGCGGUCAACUCAUCUCCUGAUAAACCAACGCCUAGUUCCCAGAACAUCUAUGCGAAGCCAGGAUCCUGGAACAUUUUUGGGUCGUUACGAGGGACAUGGGCCGGUGCCAGUCCUGGUGCCAACUCUCAGAGACCAGUGGCGCGCAACAUAUCACAAUCUCUGAAACCAUCAGACACCUACCAUGAGGAGGGUGCAGCAUCUUCACUCCUAAGACAUCGCAAAAGUCUCCACAACCUUUUCGGAACAGUGGGUAAAAGAAGCUCCAUGAAAGGACGCACACCAGACCAAACAGUGCAGUCAAAUGUACUGCGAAAAAGAAGCGGAGGCGAGAAUACCUUGCAGAUCCCUGACAAUCCUGGUGUCCAAUCAAUUAAAGAUGCGGAUCGGGUUCGUCCUCCGCAAACCUAUGCAGCUGGAUCUCAUGCAGCAACUGGCCGCGGAAAGGUGACAUUUAAGGAUGAAAUUGUAGAGCCAGUGGCUCGUCCCGACUCCGGCGUUAAUGUCGACGCCAUCUAUGCCCCUCGGCGUGACUAUCAAGGCAGCACAUUGGCACCAAGAGCUCCAGAUCAAAAGCAAACAGAAGCAGCUUUUCUUCAACCACCCAAAGCACCAAUAGAACUGGUUUGCUUACCAAAGAAGCCCUCGUCAGGCAUGGAUUCUGGCGGCUAUGCAGCUCCAUUUCCUCCAACAUGUUUUGAUAGGCGUCCAGCAACCCAACAUAUGGUUUCCCGGAGUGACUCUUGCCUGACAGGCCCUUACCCUGGAACGAUAUCUCAGAGCCUACGAAGUCUCAAAGAGAACUUGGAUUUUGGUGGCCCAGAUUAUAAUAUACUUCUCGCAAGCCCAGGUAUGCCGUCAAAAAUUGAUAUCAAUCCAUCUUUUACAUCUCGUGCACAAGCCUUGGAACAGAGAUAUAAUAACCUAUUGGUCCAAUCUCGACUUAAAAAAACCUCGAAUACCGAACAUGUCCCACAAAGCAUUUUGGAAUCAAUCAAUCAAAAUGCCGCAAGAAUGUCUAAGAACUUGAACAUCUCUGAGGGUCGCUCCGGUCAAAGCAGACACUCCUGUCACUCAAACGAAACGGCGCCACUAGGCUCUCUGCCCCAGGACAGUUCGAUAAAUACCGGUUUUCUUGGGCAUGAAUGUGGAACGUUCACCCAAGAUGAUACGGUUGACAAAACCAAUUCCUCCCUCGACAAAAAAGUUGUCUUGGACACCAUGCCGAAGAAGGGCAACACUACUCCCUCAAGAGAGAACGUCAUAUGUGACGAGCGCCCCGAUAAGUUCCCAGGAAGCACACUUCGUGAGACGCUAUCAGCCAGCCCCCUUCUGGUUCCGAAAAGGACGAAGACUUUGCCACCGAGAAAGAAGCGACGCGCAAUGAGAUCGACGACUAGGAAUAUCUCUAUAGGCCCAUUCCAUAUCGACUUCCCCAAAACCGAAUUCGGCGAAGCGCGCCAUGAGACGUACCAAUCCAAGAGUGACGCUAUUGGAAGUUUAUUCCAAAACCCGGUAGUGUAUUCCAAUUAUAUUCUCUUCGACCGAGGUUCGAGCACGUUUUAUCCACAGCCUAAAGGCUACGUUUUCAAAUCUCUGGAUGAUAAGUCCAAACCUAAACUGGAAUGCAUCUGGCUACCCAUGCAAUUUGGAAAUUUUAAGGCCAUGGGCCUUAGUCAAGAACUGAGUCUCAAUCGUUGUGCUGGUAACCAUCACGGUGGCAAUCACCAACUGCCAGAUAUUAGAGAAUGCGAAGGAGCUGCGCCAGCUACUUUGACAGCUCAGCCUGAAGAAACCCAAGAUAUAACAAGCAAACCGUCCAAUCAUUCGCUACUAGAUUUAUAUUUGGGCACUCCGAAAGGCACCCCGGAAGGCACCCCGGAGGGCAAACAACAGAGGAUGGAAGCAGGCAUGUGGAAACAGCCAGAGGUAACACUAGCCAUGACCCUUCCAAUCCGUUUGGCAAAACCACUGGGAGAACCUGCAAGUCCCCCAAAACUAGGUAUCUGGGGAGAUAUAGACGAUGGAGUCAUAACAGAGCCAAUGGCUGAGGAAUACAGUAUUGGGAAGACGAAGACUUGGGCAGAUCUCGGCGUUGAGUUCAUUGACAAGUACGCCCCCAACAAAAAUGCGGAUGCUCAGAAACGAGCAGUAGAUGCAGCACGGAAUUUUCUCAGAGCACAAGGAAAACUUACUUCCGAUUACGACUCAUUUACCAGGCCACAGAGGAAAACAUGGUCUCGGGAUAGGGACGGAAGCGAGGAUAUUUCGUUUUUACACAUUGAGGAUCUUGCAAGAUAUGAAACUCUGCGAGCUGAGUAUCGGAGGCAUAUGACGAUGUUCUCUGAAAGCUCUUCUGGUAGCAACAGCACCGAUGCUCUAGCUGAGGUCAAUUAUACCCCCAAAACUCGUGAAGUAUCCAGGGCAUCAUCUCGGGACAGCGGAUACGCUGGGAUAGAUGCAACUUUGGCUGAACUUCACUUGAGUUCUUGGGAAAUGUGCACGACAAGCGAGGCUUUUGCGAUAAGUUCACAGUGUAGCUCCUCGACGGCGGUAGAAGAGAUUGCAGCCCCGAAGGCUACAAGCAAGAUAACUUUCUCGCCGUCUCAUUCGCCUGCUCCAUCAGUGGGAGAGGAACACGUGCAGUCACCCGUUCUGCAAUCAAUUAGGGCCAUGGGCGACGGUACACCGCCGAGAAUCGUACGGACAUGCAGUUUUGGAAAGUUCGAGUUUGAGCUUGAGAACCCCUUCAACACUCAAAUUGGAAACGGGGAUAUCACCGGCAAUAUUGAUACAGAGGGCUUUAAAACGCCACGAAGGGGUCCCCUCCAAGGAGAAAGGUCCAAUUUCAUACGGCAAGGAAGGAUGAUUCAACACCAACCUGCCAGUCAAGCAGAGGCUGCAUAUCAUGGCCCAACUGAUGAACCACCACUCCAGAAAAGGAAUCGCGAUGAAGAGGAUGAGAAAGAGAAUGAGGAAAGAAAUUGGAGAGACAUGAUGCUCUAUGGAUAGGCCUGCAUCAACUUUCAUUUCCGGAGAAUAACCCAAAACGACCACACGCGGACUAUUGUUAUUUUACUAACAAUUGGACUGUAUUCAUAGUGUACAACUUUCGUGAGUCAAUCAGCAUUUGUUUAGGAUGGCGUUUCCAUAAAAGCCGGCGGAAGUCUACACGCCUGAGCACCAUGGGAAGUGGCCGAGGGUAGCUGUAUUUUAUCAUAGGCAUUCAUUUGUAUUCGUAGUAUGGCCAGUAUCCGAGAGAUAGUUUCGGUUUUCACUGUCCAACUGCAGUCUUCUCAACCGUAUUAAGUUUCAUUAAUUCGCUGUGACUUACACAGGCUUGGUUGUAGCCUAUGAUAUGCAUAUAUAUGAUACAGGUAAUAUUGAUACAAGUCAUAUCUGACCCGAACUUGACCAAAACGCCAAGUUCUGAAAGGGCGGAGUUGGCCCUUUUUAGUUAUACAAGAAUUGAUCCACAACUGGAAUUAUCAAGCUGUAGUUCAUUUCGGUUGGUCCUCCGUUCUAGUUGUUUCUGUAGUCUGCUCAACUACGCUCUCUGUAGCCUGCUCAGCUACUUUCUCCGUUGCUGGUAUCUCUGGUCUCUCCUUAUUCCAAGUCCUAAAGCUUGAGGCUUUAAACCUGUUCCAAGUAUCUGGCUCGUACUUGGUUUUAAAUUUCGUCACAAGGGCCGUAAGCUUCGAGCGUUCCCUAGUAAGAGUUCUAUAGUCCUCUCGUGGAACCAUUCCAGCGUCCAUCAGCUUAUCAUAAGCGCUGAUCAUUCUCUGGGCUAGCUUAAGAGCGUCCUGUUGGUACGAGGAGUCUGUACUUAAGCCGUCUCUGAGGCUUUGUGACCGAGAUCUCGCUUUGUUUGUGGUCCCAUAAGUCAAGGUGGCCUUGAUAUUGAGGAUAGAGGGCGAUACUCUGUCGAGAGCUGCUACGAUCCUUUUGCCCUUCUCGAAUUUGGCCAACCUAACAUCUUCAGGCUUCCGGCUCUCUAGGGACUGAGCGGGCUGUGCCUUCGCGUCCAAGAAAGGUAUCAAUUCCACAAGGUCUGCCUCGACAAGGGCUUGCUUCAUCUGCCGGAUAUAUUCAGCGGAAAGUUGGCGAGUUUUGCUCUCCAGAAAACGGUUCGGGCCCGUGUCGGACUCAAUCGCACAAUCAAGGUAGAUGUGGAGAGUAGGGAGGUCAAUAUUAUCUAUGGUUUCUUGCAUUAAGUCGACCACCUUGGUCGCGUUACUGAAGGAAUUUGGGUUGUGCUUGUCGCGCGCACAUGCUGCUAUUGCGAGGCGGAAAGUCUUCUUUUCGAGCAUAUGGUGGGGCAUCUUUUCAAGCACAUCAGCUGCCUCAUCGCUGAGACGUGCCUGUCGUAGAAUGCGAAGAUAGUCAUGGUAGUUCGCACUAUCCGGUUCAACGUUAUAAUGCAUAGUAAAUAUCUCCCAGUAUAAUGUAGCCUGCUUUCCCAACUUAGCCUUCAGUAAGGCAACCAUGAUUAGAGAUAGUGUAUUUCGCCCGGGUCGUGGGAAGGAGCUCAGUCCUCUGCCAUAUGUGUCCUUGCGAGUCGCUGGAACUAUCCGUUUAAAUUGACCGUGUGAGGCGAGAGAAGGGCCAGAAUCAACCCUGGCCUGGUCUAGUUUUACAUUUUCCCACUCUUCCAGUGAUUCGCUCUCUUGUGGUUUCUCAAUUGCCUCGACUCGUCUUCCAUGUGGUAUAACGAGUUGUGGGAUCUUCAUAGCCUGCCUGAGGAGGGCAAAUACAUCAUCCCUGUCUCUGUCACCUCCCAUCAGCAGGAUCCUGCCCAAACUGCAGACAAGUUCUUCAUCGAUCCAAAGAUCACCAUGUCGCCAGCGGCUCGCUAUGUCAUCCCACAUUCGUCGUGCGUCCAUCACAGACUUGUCCCGAAGUGGCCUAAGCUCUUCUGCGCUGAUUUCGGUCGUGAGUCUUUUGAUUGCGUUAUCACGAAUCGCGUUGAAUAUGAUGGUAAAUGUGAGGUUGUUUGGAGCCCGUAUGCCCUUAUCUCGCAGUUUAGCAGAAAUUCCAAACAGAGCAUCCAUAUCCCCCGCCUGUGCGCAUACUUUUAGCACAGAGUUGGUGUGAAUGAUGUUGGGCUGGACAGGGGCAUUCUCGGCGUCCAUAGAAUGGUAUAUCGACAAUGCGUGAGCAACAGCAGAUGGAUGCUGAUGCGCAUGCUGUGCCAAGCCCCUGAAUAUGAGAGUAUAUGUGUAUGCAUCAGGCGUCUGGCCUCGUUUCUUCAUCUCGUUGUAUGACUUAACGGCGCUGUUUAUCUUUCCCUUCUUGCAUUGCCAAUCGAUAAGAUGGUUCCAGCCAACUGUACAAUCGAUUGCAGCGCUUGAUCUCCGAACCAAAUCUUCGGCCUCUUCGAAUCUAUCUUUCUUGAGCUUCGCAAGUGUAUCGUCCGCCAAUUUCAGCGGAUCCCGGUAUUUCAAGUCCCGCCGCCUCUCGGGCCCAACGACGGCGUAAUCAUGGCUGCCAAACCGAUUUAUCCCAGAGAUAUCCCCUUUCGAAAACGACGUUGAUUGGGAUCGCUCUGAGUCCCUACUUAUCCUGAACCUCUGCUGCGGUUCUCCACUUCUCCUUCCGGACCGCCUCUCAUCUUCGAUUGCGGACUCGGCCUGGCUGCCAAACGUCCUAUGCGACAGAGAAGUAGAACUCCUCGCAACUGGCGCACAUAUCCGAGACGAUGAAAUCCAAGACUUCGCUGCGAUAUUUGUCAUAUACCGCUUUACGUAUGGCCGGUAGUGCAACAUGGUCGAAUCGUUAGAGCUUUCGCAAAGUUCGUGAAGGG